AUGGCACACAGACAUAACCCAAAUCCAUCAACCUCGCGACAAGGACCUGAAGUUAUUAACGUGGAUGAAGUAUACAUGAAGUAUGAAUAUGAUUCUGAAGAGGACGGGAUCCAAACCAUAGACGCGAACACCUUCCGGCAGAGCGUCCGUAGGAGUGAAGGUAGAGAGAAGGAGAAAGAUAAGAUGAGGCGGCUCAGCAGUUGGCCAGCGUCCUCGUCGGGCUCUUUUAUUCCCCACGUUUCCAAAUCCCGACAAGAUGAUGCUGUAAGACCUAGUUCCGCGGUUAUUAGGCAACCCCCCGCAGUGAAACGACAAAUUGAAGUGAUAGAACUCUCAAGUGACGAUGAGGCUGUUUUUGAACUGUUAACUCCUAGGAAGAAGAUCAAGGCCGAUUCAGCAACACCACAACCGCCUUUCCAGACUGAAAUUACCUCUGACUACGAUGAGGAUAUGGCAGAUGCAUUUCAAUCUGACAAUAAGCCAUUCCAAGAACAUAUCAAAACACCUGAGCCUGAGCAACCAUCAUUCGACGAUGAAGACGACGGGACUGGAUGGGACUGGGAUCCUAUAGGUGAUAUUCAGGACUCAGAUAUAUGGGAAUCUUCAACCCAAGUUGCUAUAGCAGAAGAUGAUGUUAAAUUGGAUAUAUCACAGCUCCCAGUCACAGAGCAAUCGCCCUCGGAAUCACCUCUUGUUCCAUACUUUCGACGACCAGACACCUCAAUGUAUGGCAGAUACCCCAUAAGACGACCCGUUGAGGAAAUUGUAUUUAUUUGGGAUAAGCUUCGUGCAUGCGAUAAUCUGUAUUAUAAAAGGCGCUGCAGGCACCCAUUCUCUCGCCCAUUCUAUACGCGACCAUGGAAUGUAGACUUCCAUGUAUAUUCCCUAGAAUGCGAGCAUUCUUUCAAAAGGGCUCCAGGAUGUAUAAGUAAAAUCGAGCAAAGUGGCAAAUGGACGGCCAUAGGAACUGCCAGCAUUGGUGGGCUACCAGACAACGUCCCCAUUGAUCCUGCAUCGGCUGCGCAGAACCAACCAGGGUCAUUGAUGACAUGGCAAAAUGGUAGAGGGCUGGAAAUCCCCUCUGGUCAUUUUAAAAGGACGGCUGAUCCUACGACAGGCGGAUGGAAAUACAAAUACUACGCUGUACAUGAUGUCAAAUUCGACCCUCAUAGUGUUGCAUUUGCGUCUACUGGUGCCGAUCGUAAACUCCGGAUCUGGACACUCGAAGACGAGGAUGGAUCUGAUGAACGAAUUCCUGCUUCUGAUAACUCUCCAUUUGAAGCCGAAGGCAGAAGCCGCUGGAAAAAUAGCGACACAGAGUCUUUUGGCCGCACACCUUACGAUAUAGUCUUCAAUCCUGAGUCGUCGAUGCUAGCUGUUGCUGAAAAGAAAGUUAAUGUCUACAAGAUCACCGAAGCUGGGAAAAGCUCCUGUUAUUUCCAUCUGCACCCCACGAAAAGCCCACAUGUUAUAGGAUCCAUGGCAUGGGGUGCAGGUCCAACAACUGACAUAUUGUUUGCAUCUUCAGAGCCGGAUCCCUUUCACACAGUAAACACCCCCCAUUUUGAUGGAAUUCAUGCUAUGUAUAGUACAGAAAAGGAAAGGAUUUUGGUUGAGUUUGAUGCUAAGGAAGCAGGGGAUACAUUGGCAAUUAAUUCAUCAGGAGAUAUGUUGGCUGUAUCUACACGGGGCGGGCAGAACGAUCAUAUUCUCCGUCUGUAUGAUGUCUCACGGCAGAGGUCAAACGCAACAGCUACCGUGAAGCUUUCAUCCUUUCCCCAACGAUAUGAACAAUUUGAGGGCGAGGUGUCUUGUGCCUCAUUCAGUCCGGAUGGUUUAUACUUGGCCAUGGGUCGGAAUGACAAUCAUGUGCAUCUCUAUGAUGUGCGCAUGCUGGAUCGGGGCCCCAUAUUUGACUAUGAACAUUUUGGAGAGUCAUUGGCAUCACCUGGAAAUGGAUAUGGGAUAUUGAAGAUUCAUUGGAUACACUCAGAACAAACACGCAGGAUGGCACUCCUUAGUGGAGGCGAGGAUGGUUGUGUUAGGAUCUGGGAUCCUGCACUGGCCAGUGGUGACAAAAAGAAAAAUGAGACAGCCAUUGCCAAAAUGAAUGCUGAUGUUAUGACUUUUUCGUAUGGGGACCGAUAUGCAGGUGAACAUGUUCUGGUAGUUGGUGAUGCAGACGGAGAGGUCAAGAUAUUUAAUGAUGUGAUAUAA